ACAGGUUGCUCUCAGACUGGAACACAGAUGUGACUGCAUCUGAAUGAGGAUACUAUUUCUCUACCUGUUAAUCAUCAGCCUGGCAAACAUUAAUCUCAGUGUUUGAUCUUAGACAUUUGACUGACGUGUGGCUCUCUGCCUUUAUCUGCCUGGGCAUUUUUGGCCUGAUCAUUUGCAGAGUGGCACAUUUUAAGUGUACAUCUACAAAAAGCCAGAGGAAUGAAUUUUGAUGAAAUUCUCUGUCUUAUCGGGGGCUUUGGGAAGUUCCAGAAGAUCUUGUAUGUAUGGAUCUGUGUACCUCAGAUCUUUCUGGCAUUCCACAUGCUGGUCUCUGUCUUCACCGGGGCUGUUCCUCCACAUUUAUGCCGCUCCACGUGGCCCUCAGCGGGCGUUCCGGCCUCUUCGAACUUCAACCUUAGCCUUCUGUCCGACCCUGAUGGCAGAACCGAACUGUCCUGCGCAACCCCCUUGAACCACAGCGGUGCUGUAGCUGUUGGCGAUGGGCACCCUACAGGGAGCUGCCAAGGGGGUUGGGAGUAUAGCACAGAGACCUUCCAAAGCACCAUAGUAACUGAGUGGGACCUGGUUUGUGAUAGUGCCAACCUGAACAACAUGGGCUCCUCCAUCUACAUGUUUGGCCUCCUAGUUGGAGCAAUUGUGUUUGGGAGCUUAGCUGAUAAGUACGGUCGGAGGAUCAUCAUCCUCAUCAACUUGGCAUCCCAGGCAGUCUUUGGGGUUGGCGCUGCUUUUGCCCCUAAUUUCUACAUCUACAUAGCCCUCCGCUUUAUGGUUGGAACAUCUAUCUCUGGUGUCAUCAUGAAUGCAUUUGUCCUUGGCACUGAAUGGACAGGAUCCAAGCAGCGCAUGCUGGCUGGUAUAAUCACUGACUACUUCUUCGGCUUUGGCUACAUUCUGCUGGCCGGAGUGGCGUACCUCAUAAGAGACUGGCGUAAACUGCAGCUGGCUAUCUCAGCACCUGGAUUUCUCUUCAUCUUCUACAUCUGGGUGUUGCCAAAGUCAGCUCGCUGGUUAAUGGCCAACGAUAGGAAAGACGAGGCAUGGGAACUGAUCCGGAAAGCAGCGCAGAUGAAUGGAAAGCCCCUCAGCAAAGAUUUGGAGAUGUGUCAGGUCUAUAAAAGUGAGGAGCGAACAGAAAGAGCGAAAAAAAAACGCUCAUUCAUAGACCUUGUUCGAACCCCAAAAAUGAGGAAGCAGUCUCUGAUUGUUUUUUAUCUCUGGUUUGCCAACGUGCUCGUGUACUACGGCUUGUCUCUCAACAUCUCUGACUUCGGAAUGAACAUCUAUCUGACCCAGAUGAUAUUUGGCCUGGUGGAGAUGCCUGCACGCACCAUCACCCUGUUCACCCUCAACCGCUCCCGCAAGAUCUCCCAGCUGGCUUUCCUGGCUGUGGGUGGCACUGCCUGCCUGCUGACCAUCUUCAUUCCCAGUGACCUGUCUGUCAUUAAAACUGUGCUGGCCAUGAUUGGGAAGUUUGGGAUCACGGCCUCUCUGUCCAUUAUUUACGUCUACUCAGCUGAGUUGUUCCCCACUGUUAUCAGACAAAAUGGGAUCGGUAUAGGCUCCAUGUGUGCUCGGACCGGAGGGGUCCUGGCUCCCAUGAUGCACCUCUUGAGGAGCAUCAGUCCACACGCUCCCAUGAUUCUGUGCGGCCUGUGCCCUCUGCUGGGCUCUGCCCUUACCCUUCUGCUACCUGAGACUGCCAAUAAGCCCCUUCCUGACACCAUUGAGGACGUGGAGGGAUCCAACCUCAGUGAGGAGGAUGGCAGUAGGAAGCCAGUGGUCUCCGAGGCUUCUCAAACGAAAAAAGUCAGCAGCACCAGGACGGACUGAUGGACAUGAUAUACAGUAUUUUUCAGGAUUGUUCCAAAGGUAAAGUCUGUGCUUCCAGUGGAAGUCAAUAUUAGACUUUGUUUUAAGGGUCUUUGCAAGACACCCAGGUUAUCACUAUAUCGUAUUGUAUACUGAAAUGUAUACUCUUUUUCACUCGUUUGUUUUUAUAAUACAUAUUUUCUUUUGUUCCAGUGUGUUGAAUAUCAUUGGUUUAUAUAAUAAAAUAACUAUCUUCUAUGUUAUAUUAUGUAAUGUUGAGAAUAAAACUUACUCUGUCAAAGGUUAUGUACAAAAAAGCAAAUGACAAGGUACGACUGACACGGCUAUACAUUCUCAAAGUAAAAUCUUACAUCUAUGUGGAGGUAAAACAGGAGCCAUUAUAGAAAUACGUGUGUUGUUUGUUCAGGGUUACUGUAGAAACAUGGCGAUUCAACAGGGUGGACUCCAUUUAAGGCGACCUGCAGUCUGUAGAUAAAAACGGCUCAUUCUAAGAUAGCAACAAAAGUAACAAAAACAUUCUUAUUUUUUAGGUGAUUAUACACUACACUUCAUCCUCUCUCAGCUGUCAGAACACCUAUUUUCCACCUAUUUGGAUGAAAACCAAAACAAUAAGCUAAAAGAUGGUAAAAGAUUUCUUGAGAACUGUGGGAAACUGCAGAUUUGGCCGGCCGCCCUGCGACAAAGUAACCUGCAGACAUAGAGCCAGCCAGACCAGCCCCAGUCCGUUAAUAGACGUUAGCACACUUCAAUUAUAAACUAACGUUAGUGAGUGUUGCACAGUGUGCAAAAAAUCCGACCCAAAUCCCUACAUAGAAAUACAUAGAAAUCAGUCCACAGCCAACGUUAGUGGACUCCUUUGGACUUUUGUGGAAAAUCCGACCCACAUCCCCACACAGAAAUCGAGGACGGAGGGAAAAGUCUCAUAAAAUUACAUAAAAAUUAUUACAGUAAGCACAUUUAUUUUCCUGACAGUUUUUACCUAAAAGUACAAAAACACUCCUAUCCACAUAACCUUGUGUACCAGUCUGGGCUGAUUUUGGCCCCUUAGUUCCAGGGAAGUUCCCUAGUUCCAUAUAAUCUUAAUGCUACAGUACACAAUGAAAUCUUAGACAAUAGCCUUCUUCCAUCUUUGUGUCAACCGAUUGUGUCUCUUUCCUGUUUCAACAUGACAAUGCCCCCGACCUGUACAGCGUUAGGGUUACUUUAAGAUGAUACAGAAAACACUUCCCUGUUGGGAUGUUUGUCCUGUUAAUCUAUGCAAACACACAGACCACACAGCCUGGCCAGCCACAGCGGUACUAUUACUGAUUUUUGUUUUUGUAUAUUUUUACUUGUAUAUUUCUGUCAUGUAACAAGUAUAAACAUAAAUCUUGGAACAGGAAGUUUGACUCAAACUGGCUGAGACAAAGUGGCACAGUCUUCUGUCAGUGCGGCCAGUGAAUUGAACUAAACGUCCCGGUACCAGUAUUAUCAGAACAGUAGCUUGUAUUUGUCAGCUGAGUGGCAGUAGACACUUGCAGAUUACAUUUAAUGUCAUGAAGUUCAGGCAGUAAAUAAACUGCUAGUAUUUUAAAGUCAGUCAGCAUUGACACAGUGAAUCUCUGCUGUCUGGUGACAAUACAAGUCCAUGGUCCAUUUCUUGACAGAAUGUGAAGUGCACUCAGAUUUACUACAAAACUAACAGCAGGAACUGUCUUGAAGGAAACACUGACACUUACAGGUGAACAGUGAGUAUUACAUCUUUUGUGGCAGCUCAUCAACCAAUACUUGAAUUUUUAAAGUAAAAACAUUUCAGUGUUUGAUUUACAUGUUGUCUUUUUAUUGUAAAAUUAUUGUGUUGAUGUAUCUAUAUACUUUACAUUUAUACAGAGAUUUUGCCGAACUAA